AUGGCCGCACGCACUUUGAGGAUAGGCCUCAUCCCCGGCGACGGCAUCGGCCGCGAAGUCAUCCCCGCGGGUCGCCGCAUCCUCGAAGCCCUGCCCUCCUCCUUUGGCCUAAAAUUCUCCUUCUCGCACCACGAAGCCGGCUGGGAAACCUUCCAAAAGACAGGUGCCGCUCUCCCCGACGACACUGUCUCGGCCCUGAAAUCCGACUGCGAUGGCGCCCUUUUCGGAGCCGUCAGCUCGCCCACCGUGCAAACCAAGGGCUAUUCGAGUCCUAUUGUUGCGUUGAGGAAGAAGAUGAAGCUUUAUGCUAAUGUGAGGCCUGUUAAGAGCGUUAGGGGCGCGGCAAGGGAUGUGGAUUUGGUGAUUGUGCGUGAGAACACCGAGGAUCUUUAUGUUAAAGAGGAGAAGACGUAUGCUGCGCCUGAUGGAAGCAAAAUCGCCGAAGCAAUCAAGCGCAUUUCCGAAACCGCGUCUUUCAACAUCUCCGAAAUGGCCGGCGACAUCGCCCUCCGCCGCCAACGCGUUCGCGACGCCGGCGCGCAGUCUAUUCACUCCUCCCCACUCGUCACCAUCACACACAAGAGCAAUGUGCUAUCGCAAACAGACGGCCUCUUCCGCGAGACCGCUCGCCGCGCGCUGCAAAACAGGAAAUACGGCGGCGUAAACGUGGAGGAACAAAUCGUCGACUCAAUGGUCUACAAACUCUUCCGCCAACCCCAAGACUACGACGUCAUUGUCGCACCCAACCUCUACGGCGACAUCCUCUCUGACGGCGCCGCCGCCCUAGUCGGUUCCCUCGGUCUCGUUCCCUCCGCCAACGUCGGCAAAGACUUUGUUAUCGGUGAGCCGUGCCAUGGGUCUGCCCCUGAUAUCGAGGGCCAGGGUAUCGCCAACCCGAUUGCGACGAUUAGGAGCACAGCGCUGAUGUUGGAGUUUAUUGGUGAGGAGGAGGCGGCGGCGAGGAUUUAUCAAGCGGUGGAUGGGAAUUUGGAGGAGGCGAGGUUGUUGAGUCCUGAUAUGGGCGGGAAGGCGGGGACGGAGGAGAUUGUUGAGGAUAUUUGUAGGAGGUUGUAG